ACUAUAUGCACUGACGCAGCCUCAGGAAAACCCACAAUGGCUGCCAAGCGCAAAGGCGGCCUGAAGCUAAAUGCCAUCUGUGCCAAGCUGAGCCGCCAGGUCGUCUUCGACCACGGGGGAGCCGAACAGGCACGGGCGGACAAGGGCCCGCAGCGGGAGAGCAGCAACAAGGACCUGCCUCAGCCCGGGACCAAGGAGCUGGGGAGUGAGUUCUCAGAUGGGCUCAGCCGCGUGCAGAAGAUUGAGGAGGACAAAAGGAGGGAGGUGAUUGAGAAGUGGGUGAACGGGGAAUACAACGAGGAGCCCUUGCUGGGGCGAGCGGAGGGCAAGGAAUGUAAGGAGAGCGCGGAGGUGCCCCCUGAAGGGGUUUACAUGGUGCAGCCCAAGGGCUGCAGCGAUGAGGAAGAUAACGGGGACGAGGCAGACACUCUGAGGAGCUCGCAGGAUGGCAACUUCUUGGAUGACAGGGAUUCAGACGGGCCGGCCUUGAAGGACGAUGCCUACCGGUCCUCCAGAACUGCCUCAGGGGAAGCUUCAUCGCUGCGAGAUUACGCGGCCACCACCAUGAAUGAGUUCCUGGGCAUGUUUGGCUACGACGACCAGAACAUGCGGGAUGAGCUGGCCCGAAAGAUCAGCUUUGACAAACUGAAUGCUGCUACCUCAGAGGCCCCUGCAACUGCUGCCUCUCUCCCUGGUGAAGAUGCCAUGAGCAAACGAGCCCGCUUCUCCAAGUAUGAGGAGUACAUCCGCAAACUGAAAGCUGGAGAGCAGCUCUCUUGGCCCAUGCACUUGGCCAAAUCUGAGGAGUUGGGCUCCAAGCUGGGCAAAGAAACUUCCUCAGUGCUGGCACAGCCCAUUCGGGUGCCAGGCGCAGAUGCCUCCAUGCUGACGGAGACCAAAGCCACCAUCCUGCCGCUGCCCUCUCCCAGCAGUUCCCAGAUGCAGGGCCUCAUGUCACGGACCUCCAAAUAUGACUUCUUCAUUCAGAAGCUGAAGACAGGUGAGAGCAUCAGGCCACAAAACGGCAACACUUACAAGAAGGCCUCCAAGUAUGACCUAGAAAACGUCAAGUACUUGCACCUUUUCAAGCCUGGAGAAGGAAGCCCAGAUAUGGGAGGAGCCAUCGCCUUCAAGACAGGCAAGGUAGGCCGGCCUUCCAAGUAUGAUGUGAGGAACAUUCAGAAGCUUACUCCAGUAAAAGCUCCAACACCCAGCCUGGCCCCUGCUCCCCUCGCCAGUACCCCCAGCAGCACUCCUGUGGCUGGGCCAGAGCAGUCCGUCUCAUUGCCAUUCAACACUCCUGAGUACCUGAAAUCAACCUUCUCCAAGACAGACUCCAUCACAACUGGAACAGUCUCUACAGUAAAGAAUGGAUUACCCACUGACAAACCAGCUGUCAGCGAAGAUGUAAACAUUUACCAGAAGUAUAUUGCCAGGUUCUCUGGCAGCCAGCACUGUGGACACAUACACUGUGCAUACCAGUAUAGAGAACAUUACCACUGCCUUGACCCCGAGUGCAACUAUCAGAGGUUCACUAGUAAACAGGAUGUGAUUCGGCAUUACAACAUGCACAAGAAACGGGAUAAUUCCCUCCAGCACGGCUUCAUGCGCUUCAGCCCCUUGGAUGACUGUAGCGUGUACUACCAUGGCUGCCACCUGAAUGGGAAAAGCACACACUACCACUGCAUGCAGGUGGGUUGUAACAAGGUCUAUACAAGCACCUCGGACGUGAUGACCCAUGAGAACUUUCACAAGAAGAACACGCAGCUCAUCAACGACGGGUUCCAGCGGUUCCGUGCCACAGAGGACUGCGGCACUGUGGAAUGCCAGUUCUACGGGCAGAAAACCACUCACUUUCACUGCAGGCGACCUGGGUGUACAUUCACCUUCAAGAACAAGUGUGACAUUGAGAAGCACAAGAGCUACCACAUCAAAGAUGAUGCCUAUGCCAAGGACGGCUUCAAGAAGUUCUACAAGUAUGAGGAAUGCAAGUAUGAGGGCUGUGUCUACAGCAAGGCCACCAAUCACUUCCACUGCAUAAGGGCAGGCUGUGGCUUCACCUUCACCUCCACCAGCCAGAUGACCUCCCAUAAACGCAAGCAUGAGCGCCGGCACAUCCGGAGCUCGGGAGUGCUGGGCCUGCCUGCCUCUCUUCUGGGGUCCAAGGAUAAUGAGCAAGAGGAGUCCAGUAAUGAUGACCUUAUUGACUUCUCCGCUAUGAGCUCAAAGAACUCCAGCCUGAGUGCCUCCCCCACUAGUCAACAGUCUUCCGUUUCUCUCAUAGUCCCAGCUGCACCUUCCUCUGUUGCUGAGCUCGCUUCCUCACAGGCCAGCAAGUCUGCCAACAGCAUGACACCAGCCACCAAGAUCUCUGGCCUGCUCUCUCAGGCUCUUCCCAGCAAUAUACCCUUGGCCCUGGCACUCUCCAACUCAGCACUUCCUGGAACAGCUGGAUCCUUCUUCCCCAUCAUCCCCAGUCGGGUCUCUACACCACUUCCUGCCAGCUCAGCUAAUCUGAUGACUGCUGGUUCUUCUGGCACCAAUCCAACAUCAUCUGCUUCUACAGAUUCCUCAUCCCAGGCCAUAUCAGGAUCUGGCGAGCCAGCAGCUACUUCUUCCCCAGCUCCAGCAGCAUCUAUAAUGGAAAGGAUCUCUGCUAGCAAGGGAUUAAUCUCUCCUAUGAUGGCCAGGCUGGCAGCAGCUGCACUCAAGCCCUCUGUGGCACUUGAAGCAGGGAAUGGACAGCCAGCAGCUCCCGGACGGUUCAAUCCAGUUCAGGUGAAGCAGGAACCUGUGGAGGCCAUGGGAUCAUCAUCUGCCACUAGUCAGGAGUCCUUGCAGGAGCACAGCUUGGACCUGAGUGUCAAGGAUCACGGUAAUGAAUCAAAUGGCCACACAGUCUCGGCAAAUUCAUCUCUUUUAUCCUCGCUUAUGAAUAAGAUGUCCAAGACCAGUGCCAGCCUUGGCAACCUGCUGAAAAUUAAGAAAGAAGGAGAUGGCAGCCAAGCUGGGGCUGGAGAACCAACACAGUACUUGGGCAAGGCAGUGAAGGCACUUGUUCAGGAGAAGCUCUCUGAGCCAUGGAAGAUGUACCUGCGCCGGUUUGGUACCAAGGACUUCUGCGAUGCGCAGUGCGACUUUCUCCAUAAGGUGCACUUCCAUUGUGUGGUGGAGGAAUGUGGGGCCCUCUUCAGCACCCUGGAUGGAGCCAUCAAGCACGCCAAUUUUCACUUCCGAACUGAGGGUGGAACUGUGAAAAGUAACUCCGAGUCUCCCUUCUCAACCACUGCUGAGAAUAAGGCUUCACUGGCCCCUUCAUCACCAUCUGCUACUUCUGUCACCAUGGCAAGCGCUCCAGCCCUCGACGUGCCCACUCCAAGUCCAGCCACCGUGCCCUCUGCCCCCACACUACUAGCUUGGAAGCAGCUGGCUUCAGCUAUACCCCAGAUGCCUCAGAUCCCAGCAUCAGUGCCUAACCUGGCAACGUCACCCUUGGCAACGACUUCCCUGGAGAACGCCAAGCCUCAGGUCAAACCCGGAUUUCUCCAGUUCCAGGAGAAGUAA